UGAGUUUUUAAUAAGUCUUAUCUCAGUUAAUCCUUUUUUUCUUUCAGUGUUUAUUCUGGGUCAUUACCACCUGUAAGCUGUCACUCAAUCAUAGAUGUUCAUUUUACUGCAUUACCAAUUUUGGAUAUGUUAUGUGUAGAACUAUGACAAGAAGGGGCAGUUCAUUUCAUGUGUCAUAAGACAUGACAAAUUGUCUGAUCUACUGGCCAAUUGUCUGGCGGGGAGGGUUUGUGUGUAGCCUCUAAGGCCCUCCCUCUCACAUCUUCUGUUUACUUAAAUAGGCAGCAGCACAGUGAUGAGCAUUCAUGCAACAACAGAACAACAAUUUUGGACAUUUUGGUUCACUAAAAAGAAGAGAACGGUUGUUUCAGCUGACAGAACAGAGAUUUUUAAAAAGGCAAAAAAUCUUAAGUAAGCAGAAGCAAAAAGAAGAAGAUGAGGCUGUUAGUCAUCACUUCCAUCCUCUUGGCGCUCACAGUCUGUGUGGCAUUUUCUCACAGAAGAAAUAAAGAAUUGAGCUGUCAAUCUGGAGAUGGGAGCAGUUAUAGGGGGACAGUGAGAAGGUCUAUUAAUGGGAACAGGUGCCUCAACUGGAACAGGGUUAACCACCCUUGGGACACUUACAACGGAGUUGGAAACCAUAAAUACUGCAGGAAUCCUAACCAGAGACUGAAACCAUGGUGUUAUGUCAGAAAAGAAGGAAGAAUUUUCAAGGAAUUCUGCGAUGUUCCUAAAUGUUCUGCAUCAGCCUUAACGCCAUCAGUAAAACCAACUUCAAGCCCUCCUCCAGUGGACACAGAGUUCACGUGUGGAGAACGCCAUGAAGGGAGGAAGAAUAAAGUUGUGGGGGGAUCUUUCACAACCGUUGAGUCACAACCUUGGAUUUCUGCUAUUUUUAAAAAAAAACGUUUUCUUUGUGGCGGCUCUCUAAUCUCACCUUGCUGGGUUCUCACAGCUACCCACUGCUUCUCUGAUGAAAUUGAUGCCAAAGCGGAGGAUCUGACUGUGUUUCUGGGAAAGAGUGCCAUCAAUGACACGGAUUCUGAAAGGGAGCAGAAAUUUACCGUGGAGAAAAUGAUCAUCCACCCAAAGUAUAACAACUUUAACAACGACAUAGCACUGCUGAAAAUCAGAGGCGCAGAAGGAGGCUGUGCAGUGAAGACGCCGUCAGUGCGCACAGUUUGCCUUCCUCCUCUUCAUACACAACUUCCUCCAGGAUUCAAGUGCAGCAUUGCAGGGUUUGGAAAAGAAUCAUCUGAGUCCUGGCAGUAUUCACAGAUCCUGAAGCAGGCGGACGUGAAUCUGAUGUCCAGCACCGAGUGUAAAAGAGAACCAAAUUACCAACGUAUGUUAACCGAGAACAUGUUGUGUGCUGCUGGCCCGGACUGGAGCACAGAUUCAUGCCAGGGUGACUCCGGGGGUCCUCUGGUGUGUGAAGCCUCAGGCCGCAUGUUUCUGUUCGGGGUGGUGAGUUGGGGCGAUGGUUGCGCCAGCAAGGACAUGCCAGGAGUUUAUACAAAACUGACCAAUUAUAACAAGUGGAUCGCAGAAGAAACAGCACUCUCCGAAUACACGAAAGGAUUAAUGUAUCCGCUAAAAUGAAACCACAUUAAUAAUAUGUAACCUAUCCGGUUUUGUAUAUUUCACAAAGGAAAUUUUGGAAGCACUUUGUAUAUUGUGCAGCUUUUUAUUGUAAGGAUCCAUGAUGACAAAACAAAACAGCUCAUGUAUUUUUGUAACUGUAUUAUAUUUAUAUAUUUUUAGAAGAAUUUUUUAUAUGAAAACGUGCAGGUUUAACCUCCAAAGACCUGGCAUCUGCGGACAUCAUAUUUUGGGUUAAUUACCACAGUAGUUAUUUAUGCUUAACUGGGGCCCUGUGACAUAAUGUGUAGAUGGUUACUUCAAAUAUUAGUUCAGGUCUUAGGAGGUUAAAGGCUAAAUUAAAGCAAUUAUUGUUAUUAUUGAUCUAUAAUGUUUCAAGAGCAGCUGGCAGGUCCUGUUGUUGGUUUAUUGUUCUUUUUCUACUUGCAUAUUUAUUGUAACAAAUAUAUUUAAGUUGACUUUUAUAACCCAGUUGGGUUUCACUUGCAUAAACUUGAAAAGCAAAGUUUUUAACGUUUCUUUAUGCAUUUAUCUUUUGAAGUUGUUGCUUGGACUUUUCAUAUCAAUUACUGAAAAAUAAA